UCGAUAACCGAUAGCACUCCCUUUUUGACAGAUGUAUCGUAGUUUUUUAGAUUUGACAUGGAUGGCGUUUUAAAACUCGGGGAUCAAAAGGAUAUGUCGUCGGCGUGGCAGAGCAUUGGAGCAAAUGGAAAUAGCGAUGAGGACGAUUCGGAGGAUACCACGUCCUUUACUUCGAUCGAAGACGACUUGCAGCUGGAGACCGAUUCCAGUGGCCUGCAAUUGGACAGCGAGGAUGAGUUUAAGAUCCGUUCGAGCAAAUCUAGCCAAUCCCGGCCCCACAAGUAUCCCUUCAGACUGAAGCGUAACGAAGCAGGAAACAUUCUGACUGUUCAUCACACUAUCAAGGAGGAAGGCCAGCCAGUGCGGAUCCAAAUCGGAGCCUGCUGCUUUAACGAGCAAAACAACCUACUGGUGGUCAUCGACAGGCGUGGCAACUUCUUUGUGUUUGACUUUGUGACGAAAUUGUAUUGGCGGCUGAGUGUGCGCCUACCCAGGGCUAAGAUGGUUCGACCAAUGCCGCUUCACAAUAGUCUGUACAUUGUGGGCAACCGGAUGGGCCAAAUCUGCACCAUUGAUUUGGAAAAAUCCGUGAUACGGUCCAGUAGAGAGUUAGGAACUGACGGUGUUGAGGAAAUCAGCUGGGGACAACGUCCGAGAAACCCUACCCGAUCCUCCAACGCCCUUGUGCGCUUUGGACAUCAUGCUGUCCUGAUGAAUCUUGAUUCCCUUGAGGUCUCCCAUCAGCUGGAGUUUGAUGACCAGCGGUAUACCCUAAAGUUCGCUGCCUUUCUCCCCAAUUCGGAUCACUUUUUUACAUGCUUUUCCAACGAUUCGUUGCAUGUAUGGUCCUCGUUGACCUUAAACACCAUCAGAAUGGGUCAGCCCAUCAAGGCUAUGCAUCGUCGACUAAGACUGCUUGGCGCAGGGGAAUCGUUGCCGGAAAUCAAUCUUCGUAACCCUGACAACAGCGACCUUGAGGACGACCUUACCUUUGAUUGUCCCGACCAGGACUUUUCCAAUGGACUGCUCACGAGCUACUGUUUCACUCCUGAUGGGAAUAAGAUGUGUAUGAGUACCUUGGAUGGUUAUCUACUUAUCCUUAGCUCGGCCUCCUUUGAUCUGGAGAAGCUUUAUCGGCUCACGGACUUCAUAAUCCGGCAAAUGGCUUUCCUGCCGCAGCCAAAGGAGCGGAUUGUGUUUGCAAUUACUGGACGAAGUCAAGCUGUUAUGCUGGACUUGGCCAACACGAACCACAAGAUAGUGGUUCAGCCCUCGGAUGCAAUAAAAUUGAACCUGAGCCGGGACGGCAAGCUGCUGAGUGUAACCUCUCGUUGUGGAGAGGUGAAUGUGUGGUCCACCUGUCGCCUGUUUAAUUCCUUGCAGGUUCAAGCCAGUUGCCACAGCAAUGUUAGGUCUACUCUCAAGAUACCUAAGGCCGUGCCAGCCUGCUCACUCAAUAGCUCCAUGAACCAGGAAGUGAGGAAUCUUCUGAAGCCAAAAAGAUUACAGGCCAUGCUCAAAGAGUACGGAUGCUACCCAGAGAAGUAUAGGUUUCUCAUAUGGACGUCACUGUUAGAUCUUCCCUCCAACGGUUCGCAGUUUCAGGAGCUCAUUAAGUUGGGCGUACCCCUGAUGGUCCGGAAACAUGCAAUCAAACUAAAGAUUCGCAACGAUGCUCAGCGACGUGCUGUGCUCAAGGUAUGGGCCUGCCUGGCGCAGUGGUGCAAUGUCCUUGCCCAUGCAGACUUUAUGCCACACCUGAUCUUUCCGUUUGUGAAGCAGAUGCCCAAGAACGGGCUGGUUUGCUUCGAGCUCCUUGCUACGCUGGUCCUGAAUCACUUUCAGCUCUGGUUUGAGUUUCAUCCGCUUCCACCGGCCAAUUACCUGGCCAUGUGUGAGAAUCUGCUCCAGCACCACGACGAGCAGCUUUGCAAAUUCUACAAAUCCCUAAAGCUGCUCCCCAAGGACUAUGCGUGGCCAUUGCUGAGUAGUGCCUUCGCUGAAGUGCUGGAGGAAAAUCAGUGGCUAGCGGUAUGGGAUAAUAUUUUGACGGAGCCACCUUGGUUUCCCGUGUUCCUGGUUGUAGCCUAUAACCUGAUUAACCGUGAGGUUAUCCUUCGACUGACAGACCGGCGUUCUGCAGUCUGCUUUUUUCACGAACAGAAUCCAGUGGACAUAGAGAAACUUUUGGCCAAGGCGCGUAGACUGAUGGCGAAAUGUGAGCCAGCCCUGCAUCCCCAGCGUUUCAUGCAACGCUUCAGUUCCAUUCCCAAGGGCGUGUACCCAAAGUUCGUCAAGUACCCCAGCGACUGGAUUGACCAACAGGAAGAGCAGGCCGCGUCCCUCCUGAAACACAAUCAGGAAAUUGAUGCCCGAAUACGACAUCUUGAGCUAGAGGAGGUGCGGACUAUGGAACGGCUGGAAAACGGUCUCAAGCAGGAGGAGCAUGCUCGGCGUCUCAGGGAGAUGGAAAAGCUUUACCAGGACACCAUCCACCGUGAGGAGGAGCGCAUUACAUGCCAAAGGAAGAUGCUGCUUACCUACCAGAUGGAGGUACGGCGGCGCAAGAGCGAGGUUAUCGCCAAGCUGCAGGAGUCGGAGCAGCGGCGCAAAGUUAUUGAAAUGGAGAAGGAAAUCGAUAGGCUAAUGCACAAUAUAGAACGCGAGCGCCGCCGGAACAACCAGCAGAUGCAGUUGGCCGAAGACGAAAUACGCAACCAGGAGAUGGAGAUUCUAGCGCAACGCUACCUUUCCGAUACGGGGGAUGCUCCACUUGCGCAGAAGUAUUACGGAAAUAUGAGAGAACUGUGCCGGCAAAGGGAUGAGCUGCAGAAGGGCUUGCAAGAGAUGACUAGGGAACAGCUGCGCGCUCCAAGUACCUCGGCCGCGCCAAGCAAUUCCCAGAUGCUGGAUAUUGAAAAGUCAAUUCUGGAAAUCCAAAGAGAGUUUAUGGAAAUAAUCACCAUUGAUUCAAGUAGGGUAUGCAGGGGUAAAGUUUCCUAGUUUAAUGGAACAACGGAUAAAGCCUUAUUGUACAAAUAAAAUUAGAUAGAAAUACUCCUAAACGACA